AUGCCAUGUUCAGCACUCGCAAAUGGCGCGGACUUUGUGAGCAAGCUGCGCCGCCGUUUUCUCACCGUGCAACAGGUACCCAAGAAAGCUGAGGUCUCUGAACCUCCGAUCGUUUUCUUUGAUUUUGAUUUCACCUUGACGGUUGUGCAUGUCUUCAAAUCACUUGCUGGCUGGGUGGAUGCGCAAGUUUGUAUGUUGGCCAUGCGUGGAUUGGUGGUCUCCGAGCCCCAUGCCUUGACGGAACGGGGACAACUGCGGCGCCUCUCGGAACUGGGACCGGCAUGGAUUGAGCAAGCCUUUGGCGGUUUCAGUCGGGUCACAGCGAUUCGAAAACUGCUGGACGGUCUCGUCUCGAGUGGCUGCAGAAUCAUCUUAGUCACCAGAGGAUUUGUAGGCGUAGCGCGAAAGUGCUUGCAGGAAGUGGGGUUGUUGGAUCCUUUUGAGGCCCUUUAUGGAAACAUUGGUGUGGCCUAUGGGACCCGAACAGCAUAUGAUGCCGAAACGGAGCUGAAUUGGAGCUGCAAGCAUGAGGAAAUCGAUCGCCUUUGGAGCUUGCUUGGGAAGUGGAAGGAAGGAGAAUGGGACUCCAAAACAGAGAUUGUCCAUAGAUACCAGCACCAACAUGCACUGACACGGGAGCAGGUGCUGUUUGUGGAUGACGAUUCACAGGAGUUGGCUCCUUUGCGGCAUUCAGCCUUGACGGUGCAUGCCAAAGGCAACGGUAUGGGUGUCAAAGACAUGAUGGAAAUACUUCACCUGCUAGGGCUAAGUGAGGAGCCCUGGGCUGCUGGAUGCUAUGACUUUUGGCACGCACUUCGAGAUCCUUUGGCAAGCAAGCCCUUUGCAAUAACAAUUUUCAACCGGAAGCACAUUCCAAUCCGGGCUUCACGAAACAUUGCGAUGCUUGAAGCAGAGUUUGCUAGCCGAAAAAGCUCCCUGCGACGCUUCACACUUUUGAUGCGGGAACCUUUGUUAUUCUUGUCAAUUGCCCAAGACGCUUAUGUGAAGCAUGUCAGCCUCACUGGCGACACCCAAUUUACCUUAAAGACUCUUGCCCCAGUGAUUCAAGGUGUAGAGGAGAAGUUUGGUGUGGGACCUCUACUUUCUCAAGGAUCUGACAACUCAUUUGGUGAUUUGCAGCGGCUAAAAUCUCCAAGUCCUGAAGAGUGCGAGACACUGGCCAUUUCACUGCAUCAAAACUCUUCGGUGCCAGCAAGUGCCAUCGGGAAUCACCUUUACGAAGAGCCGUUGAGCAAGCCCAAGCCUGAAGAACCAGUGAAGACUCUGACAUCAUUGGUGCGAAUGUUUCAGCAAACCCUCCUGGGGCUUUGUCCCAUCACACUUGCUACUGCUGGAAGGCACAGAAACACGAUUUGCUGUCACGAGGUUCAAUCCAGCCCUGAAGAAGCUGUGUGGUGCCGCUACAGGAAAAUCAAACAUAUUGGAGCUGGGCAUUUCGGUGAAGUCUUUGAAGCCAAGGAGUUGUGCACCGGUCGACAAGUGGCCAUCAAGCAUUUAGAACGCUUGGAUCCGGAGGAAGAAGGUCAAGGUGAUGAGGUUAGCGUCUUACGUGCUUUGGCUCAUCCUAAUUUACUUCGCAUUUUCGAAGUGGUCAAGUUUCCUGGAGAAGUUCUGAUUGUCACUGAACUGGCAGAAAAGGGGACGCUUUCCACCUAUGCUGCUCGGGCCGCCGACGUUGCAAAUGUGGAGGGAGAUGAGAUGCCACAACCAGCUCCGUGGAUUGCAGGAGCUAUGCAGCAGAUUCUGAGUGCUGUAGCCUAUUGCCAUCGGCAAUUCGUUUUGCAUGGUGACUUAAAGCCGGAGAACGUGUUGAUUGGUGGAACACGUCCAGAUGGCUCACCGCUGUGCAUUGUAUGUGACUUUGGACAUGCAACCGUUUGCCUGGGAUCCGAACUGGUUGCCGCUCCUGGAGAUCCGAGAUACAUUGCUCCAGAAGUCAUUGCAAAGGAAAACCUUUGCACCAGAAGCGAUGUGUACAUGCUUGGAGUCACCGCCUUUGAGCUGCUCACAGGAGGUUGGUUGCCCUUUUUCAACCUUAAAUCUGCGUCUUUGUCUAUGUGCUAUCAGCAACUAAGUCGUGGAGAGGUUCAUGAGCGCAUCCUGUCCGACAAAGGCCUUGAUUGGCGAGAUUUGGAGCGCUUACGCUGCGCCUGCAAGCCUGAAGUGCAAGAAGUGGUGCUUCAAAUGAUGGCUCGCCAUGCUCAAGACAGGCCGGAGGCGGUUGAAGUGCUUCGCACGUCUUGGCUCCAGGAUGCUUUUUGGCCUUGUAAGAGUGCCUAUGAUGCUAUGCUGAAAGCAAAUGCCAACAAUGGGUGGGGUUUGUGGGUGCCACAACACCGUUUUUUUGCCAAACGUCUCGAGAAGAGAGCAGCUCUCAGCUGGACAUAUCGCAUGCUCUUGAGCCUUCUUGGCUCGGGAUUACAGUCCAAUCAGCUCCUGGGUGCCAGGCUGCUUUUCCGGCGCAUGGACGAGGGAGGCAAUGGGCACCUCAACAAGAAACAAUUCUGUAAAUGGGCCAUGGCCGCCGGUCUCAGCAAAGAGGUCUCUGAAGCUUUGUUUGCUGCAGGAGAUUUGCAUACACAGAGCUAUCUGGACUUCAAGAACAUGGUCAUGCUCUUCCUGGAUCUCGAUGCUCUUGGUCCUGAAGAGCUUUUGAGCGAGCUGCGGUUCCUUGUGACCAGAAUCCUGGGCCCUUCGAUGAAAGGAAUGAUAGAAUCAACCCAGCGAACAUCGUCCUCACCACCAGAGUCGCCAAGUGAAAUGUCAGAAGAAAAGCCAGGCAGCCCAGAUUCUUCGACCAGAUCGUGCUCUUCUACUGCAUCGGCCUUUAAGCUGAGUGACUUGCAAACAAUGUUGCACGCUCGCCCCGAUGCUCGAAUGGAGCGUUGGGUGAAAAACCUGAAGAGCGGCCUGGGUCCAGGUGAUCACAUUUUCACGGCAGAGCUUCUCCUCAGCAUUUUACAGAAUGACUGCUUCGACAAGACAUCAUUUUGA